GUUCACCACGUCCGUUUUCCACUAUAUAUGACCACCAGAAACGCUGUCCCACCAGUUUAAGAGGCGGAGGGACUUAAGUUAAGUCCAGGAUGUGCUCCGUCGUCGGAUGUUAUUCGUGGCGUCGCACUGCGCAACGCUUCAAGUUACCGGAGGACCCGGAGAGGAGGCUGGAGUGGGUCCAGUUUCUCGCCACAGUCAAUAAGCAGCGCUUCAAAGAGUCGUCCUGGACUGACAUCACAAUCUGCAGCGAACACUUUAAAGAUGACUGUUUUGAAAGCGUGACGCCGAGCCAUUCAGGCGUGACUGGCAAGGUCCAGCUAACGUUAAAGCCCAGCGCUGUCCCAUCACUAUGCCUCCAGUCAGAGGCAGACGAGCCUGAGCCACAUCUGGAGAGGCCAGAGUGUGUGGAGCCUGUGGAAACCACAGAUGCUACUUGUCAACGUGCUAUACUUCAAACAUGUGAUGGCCUCUAUUCAGAAGAAUCAAGACUUACUUCAACAGCAGCUCAUGGAAGCCCAGUCCCAAGAGGAGGUUCAACUGAUACUCCAGAUGUGUUCAUAUCUGUCUAUGGCCAGAUGCAUCCAAACAAUAUGAACAUUGAUUUGAUCAGAGAAAAAGCCGCACUUCUACAGAUGAAGGGGAAGUAUGUUGUGAACGAAAAACGCCUCCUCCAGUUGUUUAGCUGCAAGUGUCCGUUGUGUGGUUCUAAGGUAAAGGUGGAGAAGGUCACCUGUGGGCUGCUGAUCAUCUUGAACCAACAGUGCCUUCAGUGCCAGUACAGAAACCAGUGGAAAAGCCAAGUCAAUGCCAGUGUCCCAGCAGCUGAAGAUCAACAUCUGACAGGAGGCUCAGAUGUAACUCCAGAGGUGCAACAGGCACAGGCAACAGAUGACACCGAUAGCAAUAUCACAGGGGUCCCUGAGAUUGUCGCUGUUAUUGAUGACGAAAGUGACGCCAUGGAUGACACAGAGGAAUCGGGUGAUCAGGGUGACAUGGACUCAGACGAGGAUUGGAAGCCAGCGAAGCAUUUUCAAAAGGAAACAGAUGACAAGACCAAAAAUGAAGAGGAAGAAAGUCAUGAUUAUCCUCCGCUUGCCACCACACACAGUCAGCUCUGCACAGAGUGUGGGAUGUUUUUCAACAAGCAGCGGUCUCACACGUGUGAGCACAAAAUCAAACCCUUUUCUUGCAACAUUUGUGGCAAGAGAUGCGUCAGCGAGGUCGCUCUAAAUUGCCACAGCAGAGUUCACAAUGAAAACUAUGAGCAUCGGUGCAAAUACUGCCACGCUACGUUCAAAACGAAGGUGGACAAACGCACACAUGAGCAGACCCACCUCACUGAAGGGAAGCCCUACAAAUGUCCCGACUGUUCAGAGACGUUUGCCACAAACAAGGACCGCAGCAUCCACCUGGAGGAUCACAGAGGCCCCCGCAAGUUAAAAUGUGACAUCUGUGGGAUUCAAUUUGUCACGCCGCUUUCUCUCCAGAGACACUUAGCUGUGCACACAGGGGCGAAGCCAUUUAAGUGUUCAGUGUGCCAACGUGGCUUCAACCAGGCAAGCCACCUGAAGUCCCACAUGCGUCUGCACACGGGGGAGAGGCCUUAUAAGUGCCAGCACUGUGACAAAUGCUUCAAUCACAACGUGAGCCUGAAGAGUCACGUCCAGCGCUACCACACGUCAGGUUCUGGAUGUGAACAGAAAAAAGAAAAGAUAAAUGAAAGGGAAAGUGACACUGGCGAUGCUGACGGAAACAGGAACAAGAAAGACACAAACUCUGAGUUCGACAAUGUAGAAGAAGAGCAAGACACAGAAGAGGAGAUGCAGAGGGAGACAGCAGGUCUGCCAAAAAAUAAAAAGAGGAGCACAGGCAGACCGAUAGGAAGGCCGAAGAGAAAUGAAUCAGGCAAUUUAGUUCUGGCAGUUCAAGUGGAAGGCCAGUGUUCAAAGAACAAGACUGGAAAAACACUGAAGUUAAGGCAGAAGUUAAAGAGAGCACAAUGCAGUGAGCUGAGUGACAGCGACACAUCCUUUGAUUCAGCAGGGGAGGAGGGGGAGAGGAGCGAGGAGGCGACAUCGAGCACAAGCAGAUCGAGAGGAAGGGGGAAGAACUUGGACAGUGACUCUGAUUUUGACCCAGAAGAAAGAAAGAAAAAGAGGUACAGCAGCCAGAGCAGUGGUAAAAGUUUAGGGAAGCGCAGGGGAAGACCACGAAAAAAUCUAGUGGUGUGAAGAUCCUUAAAAUAAGAGCUAAAGAAUUAGUUUUGUUGAAAUGAUCGUGAAAAGAAAGGAGCCAUAUAAAGUGGACGUUCAUACAGAACCGGAGUGAGUUUCAAGAAAAUUGCAUAAUAUGACAGAGAAAACAUCCACACCAAGGCCAGGGCCACGCUCAAAUGUUACUGCCUUUAAAGAGAAGCUGUUGCUUUAUUCAUACUUUUGAAUCUUGUUUCCGGAUGUGUAUUCUAUAGGAUCAAACUGGAUAAAAGCAUAUUAAACACGGCUGAUGUGAAGUAUUGUCCAAUACUUUAUUCUUAAUAAUACUGCUGUAUGUAAUGAUGAUUCAUCUGUAAACUGCUGGAAAGUUAAUCACACAUUCUGCCAAGAAGACUAGUUAAUUUGCUUCUACUGUACAUCUAACAGGUCAGAUCAUCUUUCAGGAGGUUUGUGUGUGUAUUUUAACAUUUUUCAUGGCAACAGGGUUGAAAAAAGCUCUCAUCUUGCUACAGAAGAACAAGUACUCUUGACAUUUUAUUAUUGUUAUUGUUAUUAUUACUAGGCUACUACUAGUACCAGGAGUGGAAGGAGUGCAAAGAUCCUUUACUUAAGUAAAAGUGCUAAUAUCACACUUUGAAAAAUACUUAAUUACAAGUAAGUGUCCUGUAUUGUCAACAAAAAGUACUUAAAUAUACUUAAAGUAGCAAAAGUACCUAAUUAUGCAGUAAAAUGGUCCCUGUCAGUGUUUUAUUAUGAUAUUUGACUAAUAUUCUGCUGCAUUAAAUGUGAAUUUUGUAUUUUACUGCUAUAGAUGUUUAAGGUUGAGCUAACUUUAAUGACUUUAUAUACUGUUGGACAGUUUAAUGUACAGAAAUGCAUAUUUAGUCAUACAGAUAGUUUUGGUGCAAUUUGCCAACGUUUUGAAUAAUCCGACUUCCUCGUUUCUGUCCAAUAAAGUCCAAGUGA